GGAGUUGAGAGAAGUGCCGCUCGGCAAAAUAGAUCAAGUAGACGCAUGUGGGAGCGGAGCGCACAGGAAGGCGGAAUAUACGCAGUAACAGUAGCUCAGUCCGCAAAGCAGAGAGUUUUAUUGACCCGGGAUUUAGAAAAAGAAGACAUAUAGAGAGAAGGAGAGAGGAGGAGAUUUAAAGUGCUCUACUUUCCUGUCGGGGUGUUUCUGGGCUAUCUGCCCGCACCCUCAACCAGAAAACGCAGCCUUUGCGGAAUAGUCACAUUGAAGACGACACGUGUGGAUGCGUAACCACAUGUUUCCCGGGAGGACUGCGGUCUGAUUUCUUUUUGUAGCCACAUUGUUUUUUUUGUUUUUUUGUAUUUCUUUUCUCAACUCGGAUGAUGUCAGAGGUGGAUGUCUCCGCAGACUGUGACCCCAGCAGCCGCCCACCGGGGCGGACAGAGGACAUGUUGAAAGAGAACCAGGAGAACAGGACUUUACUGAUGGUGGCAAUGGUUCUGUUGGACUUAAACAAGUACAACCCGAACGCCAUCAGCGCUGGAGACGGCAGAUGUCUCGGCGGCAGCGACGCAGGAGCGCAGGAGAAGGUGGAGCGGGGGGGUUGCCGGUUGAAUGCCGGCGGGGACGGCCGGGGAUCGGGUGCACCCAAACAGUCCCGAAGAAAGAAGGUGGUGGCGGUGAGACAGGAGUCUCCUGAGAAGAGACACUGCUGUCCUUUUACCGGCUGUGGGAAGAUGUACGGAAAGUCAUCCCACCUUAAAGCCCACCUAAGGGUGCACACCGGUGAGCGCCCCUUUGAGUGCACCUGGCCAGACUGUGGCAAGAAGUUCUCCAGAUCAGACGAGCUGACGCGUCACUACCGCACGCACACGGGCGAGAAGCGCUUCAACUGUCCGAUGUGUGACAAGUGCUUCAUCAGGAGCGACCACCUGACUAAACAUGCCCGGCGACACGCAGGCUUCCAUCCCAGCAUGCUCCAGGGCUCCAGUGCGGCCAAGAGACGCCGCAUGUCCGUGUCCUCAUCUGACUCUGGAGACCGAAGCCCUGUUGGGGUGUGAGACACGCCCGUACUGCUGUACAGUACGUACACAAAGGUACAGGCAGCAGAUACAGAGGCACACA